CGACGGCCGCCAUCUUAGCGCUCCCUCCUCCCCCGGUGCGGCCGGAUUGAAUGAGCCCGCUGCUCGCUUGCCCGCCGAGAGAGCGCCAUGUCAGGCACCCCGAGCCGCGGCACCCCCGGCGGCACCCCGCUGUCGCCCACUCGCAUCUCCCGCCUGCAGGAGAAGGAGGAGUUGCGGCAGCUGAAUGACCGCCUGGCCGUCUACAUCGACCGUGUGCGGGCGCUGGAGUUGGAGAACGACCGGCUGCUCCUGAAGAUCUCCGAGAAGGAGGAGGUCACCACUCGCGAGGUGAGUGGAAUCAAGAGUCUCUAUGAGUCUGAACUGGCUGAUGCUCGAAGAGUCCUGGAUGAAACUGCCAAAGAGAGGGCCAGACUACAGAUUGAAAUAGGAAAACUGAGAGCAGAACUUGAAGAGCUCAACAAAAGCUACAAAAAGAAAGAUGCAGAUUUUUCUGUGGCUCAAGGUCGCAUUAAGGAUCUUGAAGUGCUAUUCCACAGAAGUGAAGCAGAACUCAAUACUGUCUUGAAUGAAAAACGCACUCUAGAAGCAGAAGUGGCUGAUCUGCGUGCCCAGCUUGCUAAGGCUGAAGAUGGUCAUGCUGUUGCUAAGAAGCAAUUGGAGAAAGAGACACUCAUGCGUGUGGACCUGGAGAAUCGGUGCCAGAGCUUACAAGAGGAUCUGGAUUUCAGGAAGAAUGUGUUUGAAGAGGAAAUAAGGGAAACAAGAAAACGGCAUGAACAUCGUUUGGUUGAGGUAGACACUAGUCGCCAGCAGGAGUAUGAAUCCAAAAUGGCUCAGGCCCUAGAGGAUCUACGAAAUCAACAUGAUGAACAAGUCAAACUGUACAAAAUGGAGCUAGAGCAGACUUAUCAGGCUAAGCUGGAGAAUGCCAAACUUGCCUCUGACCAAAAUGACAAAGCUGCUGGUGCAGCUCGAGAAGAGUUGAAGGAGGCUCGCAUGAGAAUAGAAUCUCUCAGCUAUCAGCUUUCUGGCCUUCAGAAACAGGCUAGUGCAGCAGAAGAUCGCAUUCGUGAAUUGGAGGAAAUGAUGGCUGGAGAGCGGGAUAAGUUCAGGAAGAUGCUAGAUGCCAAGGAGCGAGAGAUGACAGAAAUGAGAGACCAGAUGCAGCAGCAGCUUACAGAGUACCAGGAACUGCUUGAUGUUAAAUUAGCAUUGGACAUGGAAAUCAGUGCUUACCGAAAACUCUUGGAAGGAGAAGAGGAAAGGUUGAAGCUGUCUCCAAGUCCCUCAUCCCGUGUUACAGUCUCUCGGGCUACCUCCAGCAGCAGCAGCAGCAGUACUUCAGUUAUUCGCUCUUCCCGAGGCAAGAGAAAACGGAUUGAAGCAGAGGAACUUUCAGGCAGUGGGACAAGUGGCAUUGGCACUGGAAGUAUUAGUGGCAGUAGUAGCAGUAGCUUCCAAAUGUCCCAGCAAGCUUCAGCUACCGGAAGUAUCAGCAUAGAAGAGAUAGACUUGGAGGGCAAAUACGUGCAACUUAAGAACAAUUCAGAGAAGGAUCAGUCCUUGGGUAACUGGAGAUUAAAGAGACAAAUUGGAGAUGGAGAAGAAAUUGCUUACAAAUUUACUCCCAAGUAUGUCCUCAGGGCUGGGCAGACUGUAACAAUUUGGGGUGCAGAUGCAGGUGUAUCUCAUAGCCCCCCUUCUGUUCUCGUGUGGAAGAAUCAGAGCAGCUGGGGCACCGGAGGAAAUAUCCGCACAUACCUUGUAAACUCUGAUGGAGAGGAAGUUGCAGUAAGAAGUGUUACUAAAUCAGUAGUCAUGCGAGAGAAUGAGGAGGAAGAGGAUGAAGCAGAAUUUGGAGAGGAAGACCUCUUCAACCAGCAGGUAAUAAGAUGGUUUAAAAAACAGAUGAUUAACUUGUGUCUAGUCAGCUGGAUUAAUCAGGUAUUGGACUGUGGAGGCCCCUUCAACUUUUGUCAGCUCUGAACUUUCUGUUCCAUUUUUCCAAUGGGUGUCUGCAGAGGGUGAUGUUGGAACAACCUG